GGAGGGACGAGGCACAGCCGCGGAACCGCCGCCAGAUUCGCUCUCUGUCCACGCCGCCUGUCGCGCCGGCCGUCGCGCCGCCCGCCCGCUCCGCGUCCGCCGCCGCCGCCGCCAUGGGAGUGCAGGUGGAGACCAUCUCCCCCGGAGACGGGCGCACCUUCCCGAAGCGCGGCCAGACCUGCGUGGUGCACUACACGGAUGAGUGUGGGUCAGAGAGCCAAGCUGACUAUCUCCCCAGACUAUGCCUAUGGCGCCACUGGGCACCCAGGCAUCAUCCCACCAAAUGCCACUCUUGUCUUUGAUGUGGAGCUUCUAAAACUGGAAUGACAGGAAUGGCCUCCUCCCUGAUCUCCCCAUUCUUGGAUGUGCCAUGGAAGGAUCUGGCGCCUCCAGAUGCGCACAGCGAGUCCGUACGGAGCUUUUCCUGAUGUUCCACUACACUCUUUGUAUAAACAUCUUCCCUGACUGAAUGUGUUCUGUCACCGGCUUUGCUCUUCCCCUUUCUCCUCGUAUGUGUGUUGACCUGAACUAUAUGCCAUAAACCUCAAGUUACCCAUUUUAGUUUGUUUUCGUUUUGGGGUGAAGAUUGAGUUUCAGUCCUUUGGAUCUAGGUUUCCAGUUAAGUACUAGUCAAGUAUUAACAGCACAAAUAAUGGGUUAACUUUAGAAUAGGAAUUGGUGUUGGGGGGAGUGCAAGAAUCUUUAUUUUAUUUUAUUUUUUUUUGGAUGAAAGUUUUAUCUAUUAUAUAUUAAACAUUCUUGCUGCUGCGCUGCAAAGCCAUAGCAGAUUUGAGGCGCUUUUGAGGGCCGAAUUAUUCUCCAAGUUGAGAGAUGUCCUCGGGUUGAAUUAAAAGCCCUACCCAAAACUAAAGUGGGAAGGGGAGAGCCUUUGCCUCCACUGCCCCACCCCCACCCUCCCCUUAACCCUCUGCCUUUUGAAAGCAGAUCAUUUUCACUGAGAUGUUGGACACUGCAGGUGUGUGUCACCGGGCCAGCAGGGACCUCUGAAGCCUUCUUCAUGGCCUGGCUUUUUUUUUUUUUUUUUUCCAUCCUGUGGUUUUUCUAAUGGAUAUUUAGGACUUUUGUAAUCUCAUAGCUAUCCAGGCCCCACUUCCUAAAUUUUAAGAACUUUAAUCGAAAGUUAAAUUGAAGGUGCUGUUUGUAGACACUUAACACCCAUGAAAGCCCAGCCAUCAUGACAAAUCCCUGAGUGUUGUCUUAAGAAAAUGAUGCUGGUCAUCACAGCUUCAGCAUCUCCUGUUUUUUGAUGCUCAGCUCCCCCUGCUGAUCUCAGAGUUUCCUGGCUUCUCCUUCCUCCCUCUCACCCUCUGCUGUCCUGUGUAGUGAUUUGGUGAGAGAAAUUGCUGCCUUCUCGCCCACCCCCACCCCACCCCACCCCCUGCACUACAUAUGAGUUUCAAGUUUUAUUAUUGCAAUAAAAGUGCUUUAUGCUGGCUUUUCUCA